AUGGACCCGAAAAAUGAAAAGGGUUUAUUCCGCAUGGGCCAGGCACUUUUGGGCAUUCACGAGCCGGAGGAUGCCAAGAAACAUUUCGAGGCGAUUCUCCAAUUCGAUUCGAACAACAAGGCGGCCACCAAUCAAGUGGUGAUCUGCAACGCCAAGAUUCGGGAGCUACGCGAAAAGGACAAGAAAUUGUACUCUAGCAUUUUCAACAAGAUGGCCGAAAACAAUCGACAGGUAAGCGAAAAGAAUGGAGGCAAAUGGCUUUACGGUUGGUGGGACGAGUCGACGAAGGGUGUCCAGCUGGACGUUGAUCUGGCUCAAAUCGAACGAGAUAAACAAGAAGCUGUGGAACAGUUGAAGGCCGAACGUAGGAAGAGCCAAGCAGAUUUCUUCAAGCGUUACGGUGGCAGAAAACCCAACAUUGUGUCAGUCAACGAGAAGCCGCUAAAUUUGAAUGAAGAUGAGGGUGAAAAAGAUGAUGAUAAAAGCUCUUCCAACCACCAAAAUGCGGAGUGGACAGAAACACCAUCAGUCAUCCAACGAUCUUCAAAGCCUUGUGGAACAAGGCGAUAUAAAUGCCGGAACCAACGCAGUGGGACAAUGAAGACUCGGAGAACACGACCGCCGUGGAAUUGAAAGAUCCUUUGGACUCUGUGCCAUGUACAGAGUCGGAAUACUCCGAAGGGUCGGAUGAAAACUAAUCUUGAUUAUCGUCAUUGUGAUUCUCGACCCAUU